ACCUGGUACACACCUGUAUCCACCGCCUUGUAGACCAUUGCAUCUUCUCAUCAGCGGAGAUGCUCCCCAUGCACUUGCAGCGGGCCAAAUUGCGUUUGAUGUCCAAGUUCGACGGCCUGUCCAGCCGCGUCGUAACAGCCUUCUGGCUCUUCGGCCUGAUCAACAACGUCUUCUACGUGAUUAUACUGACUGCCGCCCUCGAUCUGGUGGGCCCGUCGAUACCAAAGGCAACGGUUCUCGCAGCCUGCAUCGUGCCCGGCCUCGCCACCAAAGUGGUCACGCCCUACAUCAUCCACCUCAUCCCAUACUCACUGCGCGUAUGCCUGUUCGUGGGACUCGCAUCAUGCGGCAUGCUCCUCGUGGCCCUCACGCCCAACAGCACCGACGCGGCGAGCAUGACCAGCAAGAUUGCCGGAAUUGUGCUGGCCAACAUCAGCUCGGGCGCGGGCGAGGUGAGCUUUCUUGCUUUGACACAUUUCUACGGCCAUAGCAGUCUCGCCGCAUGGGGUUCAGGGACUGGUGCCGCUGGACUUCUUGGCGCUGGAGUCUACACUUUGGCGACCACCACUUUCGGGUUUAGUGUACAUGCGACGCUGUUGUCCAGCUGCGUCCUUGGCAUUGUGAUGUUGGCUUCGUACUUCAUCCUCCUGCCUCUCGAUCCGCUCCGCAAGGGCUAUCGAAAGGACCAGUACCAGCGCGUUGCGGCCGAAGAGGAAGACCUGCUCAACAGAGCUGCUGCUUCGUUGCAUCCCACCUUACUCGAAGAGCACAGUGAAAGAUCUGCCUCCCCUGCCUAUCAGCAUGGCGGCGGCGCCAAGAACUGGCUGUCUGAGGGUCUCCGCGACCUCAAGAUCAAGUACAUGCAUGCUCGAGGUCUUGUCAUUCCCUACAUGAUGCCGCUGUUCCUGGUGUACCUCGCCGAGUAUACAAUCAACCAAGGCGUCGCGCCUACGCUUCUAUUCCCGCUCGAACACGCUCCGUUCAAGGAAUAUCGAGAAUUCUAUCCCGUGUAUGGAACGAUCUACCAACUGGGCGUGUUCAUCUCCCGCUCCAGCUUGCCUUUUGUGCGCAUCAGGAGCCUCUACAUUCCGACAUGGCUCCAAGUCCUCAACCUGGGACUGUUGACCACACAGGCCAUCUGGCCCUUCAUCCCCAACGUCUGGUUCAUUUUCCUCAUCAUCUUGUGGGAAGGCCUGCUCGGCGGCUUGGUGUACGUUUCGACAUUUGCAGCCGUACGCGAAGAUGUGCCCGAAGACGAGCGCGAAUUCUCUCUGGGCGCCGUGACCGUGUCCGACAGUGCGGGCAUUUUCUGUGCGAGUCUGCUCGGUGCAGGCAUGGAGACGGCCUUGUGUCGAUGGCAGGUAAAUCACGGGAGAAACUGGUGCCGUCAGCGAUGAGUCCACGUUCUCUGGUGUGGUGCGAUGAGACUAUAUACCUACCUACCUCAGGAACUAGGUCGACAGACAAAAAUUACUUGGACGCUUCUGCUUCCGGCAUACUGUUUGUUGACUACCUACCUAGCCGGCGUUGCGAGCCCUCGAACUGAGUGAGAAGUGUUUACAUUCUCACUGAGAUAUCAACCAACCUUUGCAACAGCAAAGCACUCGGCCAACCCGAUGGAGUGACUUCCCGUGCUGAACGACGCAGAGCUACCUAUACUACAAAUACAAACAAAAUAGCUGCUAUGCAGAGAAUGCGAGGGGGGGGGGGGGGCUUCGCGGGCUGUACAGGUGGGACGAUACAGCGGCCGCGGACAUCUCGCAGCCACGAUGGGGUUCCUCUUGUGGUACGCAAUCGGAGGACUGGGACGGAGUGCGUCUGCCCGUACUGAUGCACUGCCUACCUUACUACAUGCACCGAGGUGACAAAAAUAUUGAGUCUGGCUGAUCAUGGCAAUACUGAGCUGGCUUCGUGCUGAGCAGAUACCUAGCUUAUGCUUACAUCGGCAGUGGUCCUUGCCAUCUUCGUCAUUUACCAGGUACCUACAGGUUUCCAUGUGACGUCCCCUUCGAUACGAUGCCAAAAGCGACUCGGACGUCACCCCUUGGGCCCGCUCCAUCAUCCACCAUGAAAUUAUGGGUGCAAGCACACACCUAUUCUCGCAGCGCACCUUCCGCGUGUGACAGAGUUUUCAACAAGGCGUGAAGGUGUCGCUCACAUGCUAGAGGCAUUCUUGUACCUUCUUCUAAU